AUGUUGAUUCCACUUGCACUUGUUGAUGAUGUUGCUAUCUUGGAUUUAGGUCAACAACAUCCUCGUACCCACGACAACAUGUUUCCUCGUACCCACGACAACAUGUUACACCCUGUGUAUGUUCUCUUUGAUUCUCGUACCAUGUCUCACUACCACCACCCAACAACAACACCACCACCACCUUGGUCUGUCAACAUGUACAACAAUGUCCCAAGAAGAUUAAUGUCUCACAACCACAACAAUGUCCCAACAAGAUUAUUGUCUCAUAACCACAACAAUGUCCCAAGAAGAUUAAUGUCUCACAACCAGAACAAUGUCCCAAGAAGAUUAAUGUCUCACAACCAGAACAAUGUCCCAAGAAGAUUAAUGUCUCACAACCACAACAAUCUUCCAAGAAGAUUAAUGUCUCACAACCGCAACAACGUUUCAUCAAGAUUCACUUCAUCAACGAGCCACAGCAACGUUUCAUCAAGAUUCACUUCAUCAACCGUGUCUGUGAUAGAUGAAACUCUUGUCUAUGAUUCUACUAUCACCAACAACAUUCCAAGAACACGCUCAUUUUAUCUCCACCACAACAACAAUGGUACUAGAGCUUCUUCUUCCCCUGUGAUCGGUGUUCAAGAACAUUUUACAACAUCAACAACAGAUGCAGAAUCCAUCUGUUGCAUUUGUCUUGCUCACUUGUCUAAUGCUUCUUCCACGCCAAUUCGGUUGCGCUGCUCUCAUAUAUUUCACACUGAAUGCAUUCAGAAAUGGGUUAAUAUCAGACAAACGUGUCCACUCUGUCGGGCGGAUGUUUAG